AUGGUGAAACAAAACAUUCGCUAUGACACGGAAGUCAGACAGAUUGGUGGAAUCAUGAUGGCACUCGCCAUGUCGCUCGUAUUCUACCCAUUAUUUGAUACCAGCACUCGGCUCUCGGUAAAUUUUCCAGACAACGACCUGUACAACGGUGACGAAGAGUCAUUGAGCUGGGCUUUGCUUGCUGGAAAUGUUGCCAUUAUUGUGCUUGGUUUGUUGGGAAUGGCAAUCGGUUUCAUGGCUCUGACAGAUUUUGGACACAAGUACAUUACCCUCGUCGGAUUGGUUUGGCAACAGACUGCGUUUGUGGAUUGGAUUGCCAAGAUGUACGAGCUUUCUGUAACCAUGGGAAUUGGCGAAAACGCCUCUAGUACGACCGACUUCUACUUUUCCAUGGGAAUUCUUAAAAUGUUCUUUCUCAAAUUCAUGCAAUAUGGAUCUUUGGCAGUUAUGAUGUUCACUUUAUUCACAUUUCAAUCUCGAAAGGGACAUACCAAGAAUGCGAGUUACUACCGCAAGCGCUUGGUGUUCUACUCCUUUUUGUAUGCCGCCAAUGGAAUCUUUGGAUACUUGGUUCCUGGAGCCAAAAUAUAUCUCGAUAACAAAGAUGAUCUCCCAGUCAAGAAACCAAUCGAACCACUCGUUAUCUUUGUGGGACAACCAGUCACUGUCCCAGAAAUCACAUUGGCCGCUGGUGCAAUCUUUGCGUUGGUGGGCAUUUACGGAAUGGCACGAGGAUUAGGUUUGGCCCAAAAUGACAAUACCUACCUACAAGCUGCCCUGCCGGUUGCCUACAUUGCUUAUUUAGGUGCCGUCGUCCUGACGGAAUUUUCCAUCGGUGGACGACCGGAAGGUGCCAUGACCGCCGGAGUAGAGGCCAUAAAUGGUCACAUUAUUCUAUCCUUUUUGGACCACAAGGCCAAAACAAUGCCAGAAACAAUGGACGAAGACUAUUUCCAUGACGAUGCCAUAGUGACCAAGUUUGGUCAAGAACGCGAGAAGAAGCUGAAGAAGGAAAAAGAGGAGGAAACAGUGGAGGCAGAAGGAAUGGCGUAA